CACCGAUUGGAUUCAUUUUCCACCCUCAAUGGCAAUUGCAAUAAUAAUAUUAAUAAUUAAUAAUAAAAAUUAAUAAACACUUCCCUCGAUUUCCCAGCACCCACUUCCCCUCCACCAUCUAUUCUAUAUCCUUAUUCCAAUCGCAUCUUCGUCUCCAUCUUCAUCUCCAUCUCAUAUUUUCUAGAUCUCUCCCUCCUUUCUUCCCGUUUCACUGGAAGGUUCUUUAAGAUCAUUCUUUGAAUCUUGAUGCUACAGUUUGAUCUGCUUUCUUUUCCGGUGAUUCUCUUCUAAGCAGGUUUGAAGUCGAUAGCAUUGUGGGGCUUUCGCGAUAAUCCAAAGGGCGGAAUAUUAAGACAUUUGGUGGAAGCUUCUUUUCAUUUCUUAAAAGGUGUGUUACUUGAGCUAAGGAGGCAUUCAACCGGGAAAAAUGUUGGGGGCCAACAAUGGAAAUCCUGUUCUUCCUGGUUUCCUGGACAAUGCCCACAUGCAAUACCAAGCUAAUGCAGCAAAUCAACUGCAGUUGUUUGGAAACUUACCUGCUGGGUGUAGUGUUGAUCCAGUUAAUUACUUUGGAAAUGAGCAUAUUAGUUCCAUGGUUCGGCCAAGCAGACAAAAUAGGGAAAUGGAUGACAUGUGCAAACAGCAAAGGCUUCAGAUUUCCUUAAAUUACAACUUCUGUCAAGAUGAACCUGCUCGAUCAGCAAGUAUUCCAAACCCAAACGCAAAUCCAAAUCCCGUCUCAACAGGAUUGAGGUUGUCUUAUGAUGAUGAUGAACGCAACUCAUCUGUCACUUCUGCAAGUGGAAGCAUGACUGGUGCACCUUCAAUCAUUUUAUCCCUUGGUGACAAUAUUAAAACUGAGCUUGACAGGCAGAAGCAAGAACUGGACCAGUAUAUUAAACUUCAGAAGGAACAAUUGUCAAAAGGAUUGAGAGACAUGAAACAAAAGCACAUGGCAUCUCUUCUUACUGCCAUUGACAAAGGUGUAAGCAAGAAGCUAAGGGAAAAAGAUGUGGAGAUAGAGAACAUGAACCGUAGAAACCGAGAAUUAGCAGAGAAAAUAAAGCUGGUAGCCAUGGAAGCACAAAACUGGCAUUACAGAGCAAAGUACAAUGAGUCGGUCGUGAAUGUUCUAAGGAACAAUCUCCAGCAGGCCAUCUCACAGGGAGCUGAACAAGGGAAAGAAGGGUUUGGGGACAGCGAGGUUGAUGAUGCUGCGUCGGCCAUUGACCCCAAUAACUUGCUGAGCAUCCAUGGUGUUCCCAUGAGAUCUACUGGCAAGCAGCAGCGAGGCAUGGAUGAUGCCAUGAUUUGCCGGGCAUGCAAGGCGAAGGAGGUUUCAAUGUUGUUAAUGCCUUGUAGGCACCUGUGCUUGUGUAUGGAAUGUGAUGCUUAUGUCAAUGUUUGCCCUGUAUGCCAAAUGAUGAAAUCUGAUAGUGUCCAAGUGUAUCUUUCUUAACUUACAAAAGGGUAAGUACUUAAAAGGGGAGAAAAAUGAAAAAUGCAAUGGAAAAUACAUCAUCAUCCUGCCGUCUGUGUGCCUGUUGUGUCAUGUCUGCUUAAUUUAUAAUAUCUGAGUGAACUUGUCACCAUA